AUGCACCAUCGGUCAUCGUCGUCGUACAUCAAUCAUUUCAUUGUUCACUUCAUAUCAAUAUCUCUUUUGCUCGAUGAGCCACCAUUCGAGGUGAUGAUGAUCGUGAACGCACGUCCGUACGAUGUUCGGCCUACGAUUCUUUUCUCAGACUCAUCAGCACUUCUCUUUGAUGAGGAUUUGAAACUGAAUUUCACGUAUUUUCAUUGGGAUUUGCGUUACUUUCAAGGUGAUUUGAAUAUGGCCCGAAUGUUGAGUGUUCCGAUGACAAAGGCAAGAAUGGAGGAAGCGCUACGAAAUGAAACCGUUCAUGAUAGCGAUCACAGUAAAUCGUUUAAUGAAGCCGUUGUCGAUGAUCUCAACAACGAAGAAGAACACGUUGAAUGCCGGACACAACGAGCACAAGCAAUGAAAAAAUUGCAAAUGAAUCCAAACAGUGGCAACUACGUUCCGACGUGUACGGGGGAAAAUGAUCUGCUAUAUGAUCGUGUACAAUGCCAUCGUUCAUCACAAUUCUGUUGGUGUGUAAAUCCGGAAACGGGUGCGCCCAUCAAAGGCUUAUCCAAAUACAAUGGCAAACCGAACUGUAGCCGAAAGAGUGAACGCAGAAAUCGUGAGAUCAAAGGUGAGAUUUUGAUAAUCGAUAGCGGUUGUGUUGGCAAAAAGAAGAUGAAGUUUUAUCAGCGACUUUUUACGACAUUAUUGAGCGAGUGGAUCUCGGCGAUUGGAAGUGAUGCAAAUGAGGACACGAACGUCACCAAGGAACAAGCAGUAAGGUGGAAAUUCUCACGGCUGGACACCAACCAAAAUAAUCGGUUGGAACGACGAGAGUGGAAACCGUAUCGAGAAGAAUUGAAACGGUGGAACAAACUGCAUAAAUGUGGCCGAAAUUUCAUUCGAUUUUGUGAUUCGAAUGGCGAUAAACGAUUGACAAUGGACGAAUGGAUUAAUUGCACUCUCAGCGGUGAAUCUCAGCAGUUUAUUGUUUCUCCUAUAGCGCACCAAUGCUAUCCGCUUGAAAAUUCAAACAAAAGAAACUUCACGAAACAUGAAAGACAAAGUCGAAUUAUUGGCUUGAUAAAAAACUUCAAAAGGAUAUUUCAUUUGUUCAUAUUUACUUUGGUAUGA